AUGUCAAAUCAGCAAACUCCGGAGCUACAGCAGCAGCGUGUAAGUCAAUUAAAGAAACUACAACAGCUUCAACUAGAGGAACUACAUCAGCUUCAAUUAGAGCAACUAGAUCAACUUCAACCAAAGCAUCUACAGCAGCAGCUAAAGCAGAUACAGAAGCAGAUUAUGUUGCAAUUAAAACAAUCACAAUAUCAACAAGAGCAAGAUUUCCUGCUGUUUCUGCAGCAACAGACAUGUUUGCCCCCACAACAAUUGAAAAAAGAUAAGAUGGGCCCACGUAGAUACUCUCUACUUGCAUGCGACUCAUGUAAUAAAGGACACCAAGCAUGUGUGAUGGAAAAAGGAUCUGCUUUUUGCAAUAGGUGCAUUGAUAAAAAAAAAAAAUGCACUUUUUUUGGACCUCGCGAAAAAAGAGGCCGCAAGCCUCAUAGAAAAGACAAACAAAAAGAGAGUUGCGAUAACAGCAAUGUUAAUAUCAUUAACAUUGCUGUCGAUGACCAACGUUGUUAUAGUAGCAGCGAACCUAUACCUGAUUUACGUGAAGGUGUUUUGUGUAUUUUGAGACCAGAUAUUGUUAUUGACAAAGGUAACUUGCAAGAAGAUAAUUCUUUGAAUCAAGAACGGCAAGCACUGCUUGAAGGUAGCGAUAUAAUAUCACAAGGUUUUAAUGUUUUUACAGAAGAUGAGAUGCGAUGGUUGCUUAAUAAUAUAUAA